UUUUAAAAAUUCAUAUUACUGUGUUGUAUGUUUUUGUUUGGUAUCCCUUACAUCGGUUUAAUGAGAGAUUCAGUGGAUUCCCCCACGGGUAUUCAGCUAGUCUUAUAUAUUAAUUCCCUUGCGUGACUAAAACUGUGAGUCCACGACACGGAAAUCACGGGUUACUUUCUUAUGACGUGGCUGUACGCUAAAAUUUAACUAAAAAGAUUAGGGAUGUACUUUAUAGAAAUCGCACAUAAGCUGUAAAUAUAUAACCCGCUGCUAAUAACGAUAUAAAUAUAUAUACCCUUAUGCCAAAAAACUCUAUGUUAGCAUAUAUAUAUAGGUAUCGCUACAUAUGAAACGGUAUUAGAUAUUCACAAAGCAUACGGACUGUUAAAUGAAGUUCCUAGCAUAAAACGGAAAUUGUGUUUACGAAAAAGAUGGCUGUUCUUUUUGAGGAUUCUCUACUCUUUCAUUCAAAAUAAAUCUUUAAAAAAACAUUUGAAGAAGAGCAUGGUUUUAUAAAUUAAUCAUAGCAAGGUUCUGUAAGGUUUUUUCAUGUUUUAUUUUCAGUUUUGAUUAUAUUAUUGUUGCCAGACAUGUUUUAUAGCUAGCAUCAUAAAAAGCCAACCACCACCAACAACUAGCUAGCUAGCUAGGAAUAUAUAUAUAUAUGUGUAGCCAUGUUCUUUAUACCUAGCUAAGUCUCCAGUUUAUAUUUAAGUGACUAGCUAUUAGCUGCUGUAGCUAGCUAAUGCUAGCUUUAAACUAAAGAUUCCCAGUAUAUAUAUUCCCACAAAACACAUCAAACGUUAUUAACCCUGAAAAUUUUAAACAUUUUCCUGGGUUUUUUUUCGUUUGCGAAGUUCUUUUCCUCCAAAUAUUCUGAAAAUAAAGUUCAGAAAUUACUUAUUUUUAAAAUGUAAAUUUAAUUUGUUUCAAAUUGUGGGCAAAAACCUUAAUCAGCAUGCUAAAAGAACUGACUUUUCUUAAUUUAGAAUUACUAAACACAACCAUUUUCUUACAAUCAGUGUAAACUGUUGUGCGUAUGGCUUAUAUUUAAUACACCAAAAGAGCUACUUUGUUGAUUUCAAUUUUAUACUCUUUGUAAGCUAUUUUGUUCUUCUUUUUGACAUUUCUGUUUUACCACUCAAUUUUUACAUUUUAUAAGUUAUUUGGAACAGAAUGGUAUGAAAUAGACCAAAAUACCUGAUCUUAGUUGUUUUUAAUUUACAGGCUGUGUCUGUGAAACUUUAAGGGGAACAUUUGGUGGAAGACAAUGGCAUGACAUAUACUGAUAGAACUGAUUUUUGUUGUGUUAGAUGUUAUAUAUAUCUGAACCUUUUUGACAUUUUAUGUUAAUUUUGCGAGGAAGGACCAUAUAUAUAUACACAGAAGAAGAAUUCAAUUUUACACCUUGCAAGCUUUGUUUUUCUAAAUUUUGUAUAAAUUCUUACUGGGGAGGACUCCGUGCAAUAUAUCGAAAUGACUGAUCCUUCUCGAUUUAAAUUUGAUGUGUUCUAAAUCGUAUAUAGUUUUGGAAAUUUUGUGUAAGAUUUAAUGGGUAAGGGCUAGAUGCAAUAUGUCAAAAAAACUUUUUUUGUUGAAUCAGAAGCACUCCCUACAACCAUUCUUUUUUUUACAGUUUGUGAAGCUUUUGUGAGGAAAGAGUGUAUGCAAUAUUAUCGAAAUAACUGAUUUUUGUUGCAAACUGUUUUUCUUUGGCAUUUUGGAUUAAAAUAUUGUUUUAGAGGGCAUAUGCAGUAGAUAUAUGUACUGAAAUAGUUAAAUUUUGCAAACUUUGAUUUUGUCGUUACCUCUCAUUUUUUACAUUUUGAUUAAACUUUUGUGGGAGACCGUCGGUAUGCGAAGGACCAAAAUAAGAGAUUUUAGUAUUAUUUAGAAUUUGUAUUUUGUGUUGCAAAAUUGGUGCAAAAAUUGACAUAAAAUGAACUUAUAUACAGAUUGAUUGCUGUUGUUUAACAUGACUCAUUAUGACUUAUAUAUAUAUUUUAUGAAAAUUUGUGACAGAAUACUAUGUGAGAUUUGAAAUUUUGUUUACUUUAUUGAUGGUAAAACAGCAUGCAAAAUGCUAAAAGGACUUUAUUAAUUUUAGAUUUAAACACCGUUAUUUUGUUGGCAUUUUGUCUAAAGUUUGGUGAGGAAGGACCGUAUGCAAUAUAUCAAAUAAUGUUUUAUUGCAUUAUAAUUUAUCCUUGCAAAUCCCUUUUUAACACCUUAGAUAAAAAUUUCUACUUAGGCAAAAUUUAUUGUUUAUUUUUCACAUUUUGUGUCAACCUUUGGCAGGGUUUGCAAUAAACUAACUGACUAUUAUACAAUGAGAGGGAUUUGUGUUUGACAUUGAUCAGCUUUUUUGUACAUAUGUGGCGUUUUGAGUGAUUUAAAUUUUAUGGGUGAGAUGUAUGUUGAAAUGCUUUUUAAAAACGUUUUUCCGAAUAAUUUUCGCAUUUGUCAGAUGGUCAGAGCAAGUAAUUUUAGUAGAUUUAGAUUUUAAAUGUCACAUAUGUACUGCAGUUGUUGAAAACCUUUAAUAUUUUUGGUCAUUUAUAUAAUAAUGCAGAUGUAAGAUGCGCACUGCUGUAUUGUUUGUUUUUUGAUGGACAUAUAUCUGCUACAUAAAUUAAAUGGAAUACAGUGGAUUCUUCCACGGGAAACAGCUAGUAUAUAUAUAUAUUCCUAGCUAGCUAGCUAGUUGUUGGUGGUGGUUGGCUUUUUAUGAUGCUAGCUAUAAAACAUGUCUGGCAACAAUAAUAUAAUCAAAACUGAAAAUAAAACAUGAAAAAACCUUACAGAACCUUGCUAUGAUUAAUUUAUAAAAUCAUGCUCUUCUUCAAAUGUUUUUUUAAAGAUUUAUUUUGAAUAAAAGAGUAGAGAAUACUCAAAAAGAACAGCCAUCUUUUUCGUAAACACAAUUUCCGUUUUAUGCUAGGAACUUCAUUUAACAGUCCGUAUGCUUUGUUAAUAUCUAAUACCGUUUCAUAUGUAGCGAUACCUAUAUAUAUAUGCUAACAUAGAGUUUUUUGGCAUAAGGGUAUAUAUAUUUAUAUCGUUAUUAGCAGCGGGUUAUAUAUUUGCACCUUAUGUGCGAUUUCUAUGAAGUACAUCCCUAAUCUUUUUAGUUAAAUUUUAGCGUACAGCCACGUCAUAGGAAAGUGACCCGUGAUUUCCGUGUCGUGGACUCACAGUUUUACUCACGCAAGGGAAUUAAUAUAUAAGACUAGCUGUUUCCCGUGGAAGAAUCCACUGUAUUCCAUUUAAUUUAUGUAGCAGAUAUAUGUCCAUCAAAAAACAAACAAUACAGCAGUGCGCAUCUUCCAUCUGCAUUAUUAUAUAAAUAACCAAAAAAAUUAAAGGUUUUCAACAACUGCAGUAUGUAUGUGACGUUUAAAAUCUAAAUCUACUAAAAUUACUUGCUCUGACCAUCUGACAAAUGCGAAAAUUAUUCGGAAAAAAGUUUUUAAAAGCAUUUCAACAUACAUCUCACCCAUAAAAUUUAAAUCACUCAAAACGCCACAUAUAUACAAAAAAGCUGAUCAAUGUCAAACACAAAUCUCUCUCAUUGUAUAUGUUAAAAUCAGUUAGUUUAUUGCAAACCCUGCCAAAGGUUGACACAAAAUGUGAAAAAUAAACAAUAAAUUUUGCCUAAGUGGAAAUUUUUAUCUAAGGUGUUAAAAAGGGAUUGCAAGGAUAAAUUAUAAUGCAAUAAAACAUUAUUUGAUAUAUUGCAUACGGUCCUUCCUCACCAAACUUUAGACAAAAUGCCAACAAAAAUCAGUUAUUUCGAUAAUAUUGCAUACACUCUUUCCUCACAAAAGCUUCACAAACUGUAAAAAAAAGAAUGGUUGUAGGGAGUGCUUCUGAUUCAACAAAAAAAGUUUUUUUGACAUAUUGCAUCUAGCCCUUACUAUCUUUUCUAUGAAGUACAUCCCUAAUCUUUUUAGUUUAAUUUAAGCGUACAUCCACGUCAUAAGAAAGUGACCCGUGAUUUCCGUGUCGUGGACUCACAGUUUUACUCACGCAAGGGAAUUAAUAUAUAAGAUAUAAUAUGUGAAGCUUCUUCAUACGAGGCUGCUAUAACCGCCUUGAAGAUGUAUUUAUCAGGCCAACCAACACUGUUUAUGCUCGUCAUAAACUGGCUACCAGAAGACAGCAACCAGGAUAAUCAUAGCUUCUGGGCAAGUUUCUAUGGCAUCAGUUCGUUUAAUAAUGAAAUUAUUGGUGUCGUAUACACAAACUUAAUGUCAAAUUGCGACAAUAUCAAACUGAAUGUUAUGAAAAAUCUGUGUGCAGAUUUAAUACUUGGAUUGGAUUUCCAAUCGCUCCAUGAGAGUGGGACUCUUACUUUAGGAGGGAUACAAAUACCUUUAAAUGUCUGUGGAUUAUCAACCUUAAUUUUUCUCCUUCAAACUCUUUGACAGUCUUCAUGUUUCAACAAAAUCACGACGAUAUAGUAAGGAUGACAGAUAAUUCAUUGAUCAGGAAAUUCAGCGUAUAUUAGCAGAAGGAAUUAUACAACCAAAAAACUCACCGUGUAGAGCACAAGUAGUAGUAACAGAGAAGAACAAGAGACGUGUUAUUGACUACAGUCAGACUAUCAAUACCUUUCCAGAAUUAGAUGCUUAUAUCUUUUACCUCGGAUCGAUGAUUAAAUCAACACAGCUCAAUAUUCUUACUUCAGUACCAACGAUCUAAAAUCAGCUUAUUAUCAAAUACCGCUCAGUGAACCAAACCGCUUUUUCUAAAAGUAGGAACCAGCAGAUUUCGAAGUAACCACCAGAGAACCACCAGUAUUAUGAAGUAACCAACAGAGAACCACCAGUAUUUUGAAGUAACCAACAGAAAACGAGCAGUUAAAUAGAUAAAACGAAAUAAACGCAACUACCGCUUCAAAUGUGAAACAUUUUAUAAUGUACACAAUAGUUCAUGACCCAUUUGUUGAAAUGUUUAUGUCUGGUGUGACUUGGGCUUUAUGCAACAGUUGAUUAAAAGACAGAAGGCUCUUUGAAAAAAGUAUAUACUGACUGUAUUAGUAUUUUAAAACCACACGCGAGAAUUAACAAAAACAAAAUUAAUAUUUUAAAUAAUGAACUAAUAUCUGAAUUGUAAACCAAAUAUAACGAAAAACAUAUAUAUACGGAUGAGAGUCCAAAAGGAGACAUUUUUUCCUUCUGGUAGACAAAGUUAAAGUUCGAAUGAAUUAAAUGAAUUGAAUGAAUGAAUUAAUAUACAGCACAGUUUGAAGUCACGAGCGUGAGAGAUACCUCUACUGCCAUUCUAUCCACUGUUGAGGAAUCCAUAUCAAAGUUUAUUUUUCGCAGCGAUUACACACUUCCUUUAACGCUUCCUAAAAAAUUAUUCCGCUUUAUCAGAUUAUGUAUACCUCCAUGAUUUGACCGAAGGAUUUUCAUUUUGCAAUUCGUGUAACCCAAAUAUAACGAAAAACGCUAUACGGAGGAGGGUCCAAAACGAGACAUUUUUUUCUUUUGGUAGACAAAAUAAAGCUCGAAUGAAUUGAAUGAAUUAAUAAAUGUUGUGGAGAAACAUCGUGGCAUCGGAUAGAAAUAUACGUUUAUUUUUCUCACAUGGUUUGUUAGCAUAAUAUAAAAUUAAGACUAAAGAAAAUCUGUUGGUGUCCAGGACAGUUUUUAUUAGAAUGACAGAAAAAUUUCAGAACGUCGAAGUUGUGCAUCUCGGACACCAAUAUAUGACCGAACGAUAGUACCUGCUGCAAAAGUUUCCUCUUAUCUAGAUGUUAUCGAAAGAGCAAGGUGAAUAAUUUCACAAACCUAAUAGCAACCAUCAAGAAUAUGGACAGUGCAGAAAUGUGGCCUUACUAUUACUAAUUAAAUAGAUGGGAUGAUGGCAUUGAAGGUGAAUUUAUUGUACCUAUACAUGGCAAUGCCAAAAAGGCAACUGCUCCAGCAUAUUAUCGAAAAGAUCCAAACGUUUUUGACAAAAUUGAUAAUGGAUUAGAAAAGGGAAUCUCGAAUGAUGAAAUAUAUCUUCAGGUAAACAGAGAAUCGGUUUAGCAAAACAUUGCAUAGUUCUAAAAUUGUGAGCAACAGAAAAUAUAAUUCAAUUAUGAACACAGCCAACAAAUCGGAUGAAAUGCAUGAAGUUGAAAAGCUAGUGAAACUAGUCAAAAAUAAAGGCAUUGUUUACAACAUAUGUUUCGAGAAAGAUCGUUAUUCAGCAAUGAAUAUUAUGCCACACAUGCUUACUGACUUAAAACGUUUUUGUGUGGACGAUGACGGUGUUUUUACUGUGGACACAACAUUCCAGGUUGCUGAUGGAUUAUGGCUUACCGACUCCACUUAUCCAUACAAAGCGUUAAUCGAUGGUAAUGGGAAACAUCCAAAAUUCCCUGGACCCAGUCAAUGGCACUGGAAAAAAGAUACAGAGUCUUAUCGAAGGUAUAUGGGAGAAACUUGUCUCGCUAAGUCUGAGCUGAGGAACAUUCGAAAUGUGGGGCAUGAUUUAGAUGCUGCCAUUGCAUGUGGAUUAAACGAUGUAUUAAACGCUCCCAAUCACUUCUGGUGUACCGAACACCUUCAAGAAGCUGAUACGCGUAAACUUAGAAAGUUAAAUGCGAACAACCGUACUGUGGACAGAGUCAUGGCAGACAUUUAUGUGACACAAAACGAAAAUGUCCUCGAAUUCGGAUUGGCAGAUGCUGAAGACGAAAACGAUUUGCUGGUAAAAUUGGAAAGUUUGGAAAGUACGUGGGAAAGCCUAGUGCCUUCUUUUUAUACAUGGUUUAAAAAGUGCAGAUUUGAAGGAUUUGUGGAAUGUCUUGUGCUGUCAGCAAGAGAAAGUAAAGGAAUAAAAGGGAGGUAUUACUCCAAUGGACUAGAAUUGAAACAUCGCCUAUUAAAAAGAAACUUAGUGACAACAAUAGUGGAACUGAAAUUGGAGAAGUUUCCUUCUACCUUGAAAAAUGGAUUACUGAAAACUUCAUCCAUGAAAUUAACAGAGAUUUUUAUGGACAAGGAAAAUACAGAUUAGGUCCGGGAUAUCAGCAAUUUUUUCGAGAACCUACGCUAUUUUUGAAGUGGUCGAAAGAACGCCAAUCUUAACAUCUAGAUUCUUUCCUAAAUUUUACUGCAAAAGCAUAGUCAUCUUACGUGAAGCCAAGUAACGCAGGUCAAAAAAGGAAAUACAAAGGCAGGUCAAAAAAGAAGAUGUAAUCUUCCUGAACCACAAUUCUUUUCUGAGCGAUCUUCAUUUGCAAUCGACACGGAAGUAACAUCAUCUAACCACAAAAUAUCACCGGUUAAAAUUAGCAAAAUUUCAUCAACAAAUUGGAAAGUUAAAU